CGCACCGGGUCCAGUACGCGCACCGGGUCCAGCCGCGGACACCAUGGCCGACUACGAAACCGCGACCGCCUUCCUCGGGGAGUGGGGCCGCUUCCAGCGGGAGGUGUUCUUCCUGCUCUGCCUGACCGUCUUCCCCAACGGCUUCGGCGGCAUGUACAUCGUCUUCGUGGCCGACACGCCGGCGCACGCGUGCCUCAUCCCCGCGCACGUCAACCUCACGGCGGCGUGGAGGAACAGCAGCAUCCCGCUGGAGGAGGAGAGCCACAGCGGCGCGCCGGUGCGCAGCAAGUGCUCCAGGUACAGCCUGGAAGCCCUGGAGGCCUUCUCGGACCGGGGCUUGCUGCCCGGCCUGGACGUGGACCUGUCCAACGUGUCCACGGAGCGCUGCCUGGACGGCUGGGAGUACGACCGCAGCGUGUACACCUCCACCAUCAUAUCCGAGUGGGACCUGGUGUGUGACAACAGGUGGAAGAAGCCGUUAACUUCCUCCGUCUUCUUCUGUGGAGUCCUCGCUGGUUCCUUCAUCUCAGGACAGCUCUCCGACAGGUACGGGAGAAAAAUAGUGUUGUUUGUUACCUUGGCGAUGCAGACGCUGUUCACGUUGAUCCAGGUCUUCUCUCCAUCCUGGACCGUGUUCUGUGCCACGUUCUUUGUUAUCGGGGUGGGACAAAUCUCCAACUACAUGGCUGCGUUUGUGCUGGGGACGGAGAUUCUGGGCCGAGGGGUUCGGACGGCGUUCUCCACGGCCGGCGUGAGUCUUUUCUUUGGCGCGGGCUACAUGGUGCUGCCGCUGUUUGCUUACUUCCUCAGAGACUGGAGGAAGCUUGUCCUCGGCCUCUCGCUGCCCGGCUUCCUCUUUGUGCCUCUCUGGUGGUUCAUCCCAGAGUCUCCUCGCUGGCUGCUCUCUCAGGGAAGAGUGGAGGAGGCCGAGGCCAUUCUGAGAGACGCCGCCAAGAGGAACCACAUCCAGCCUCCGGCGGUCAUCUUCUGUCCUUCGCAGAAAGAGCUCCAGAGUGGGACGAGGAAGGCCCACAACAUCUGUGACCUGCUCCGUGUCAGAAACAUCCGCUGGAUCUCGCUCACGCUGUGGCUGGUCUGGAACACCGUGUCCAUCGCCUACUUUGCUCUUUCCCUGAACACGGCGAACCUCCACGGUAAUGCGUACUUCAACAGCUUCCUGUCGGCCCUGGUCGAGAUGCCGGCCUACGUUCUGUCGUGGGCGAUGUUUCGCUGGUGCUCCAGACGACUGAGUCUCUUCUCAACGUUAUUCAUGGGGGGAUUGUUUCUCCUCUUCAUAAAGCUCAUACCGGCAGACAGGAUUUAUCUUGCCAUAACGUUCGAGAUGAUGGGGAAGUUUGCUGUGACGACAGCGUUUUGCAUCGUGUACGCAUACACGGCCGAACUCUACCCAACCGUGUUGAGGACCACGGCGGUGGGCGCCUGCUCCAUGGCCUCCAGAUUCGGCAGCAUCAUUGCCCCGUACUUCAUCUACUUAAGAAGCUAUUCGAUUUCACUGCCUUACAUCCUGAUGGGAAGCAUGAUGGCUCUGUCAGGGUUGCUGAGUCUCCUGCUGCCCGAGAGCUUUGGAAUGCCUCUGCCCGACACCAUCGCUCACAUGCAACACUUCCCCGGAUGUUGUCAGAAGACGCCGUAUACACUCACAAACAGCGAAGAAAAGGAAGACGUUGCAGACAGGAAGUCGUCGGUUGUCCCUUGAACGAUAUCCGGCUUGAGUAAAUAAUAGUUCAUAACCAUCACGUCUCCGUCCAUGGUUCCGGUAAACGGAAACUGGUCAGGAACAACUGAAGAGGAUUCUUUUGUCAAUGGACCGAGGAACGCGACAGAAACAAUAUAAUGUGCGUCUUUAAAUAUCUCCACCAAACUGGAGUAAAUAUGUCUCAAAAUACAGUAAAAAGAAAAGCACAACAAUCUGCACUCAUCAUAAUCAGCAGCAAUGCAAUCGUUACCAUAUUCACACGAUCCUGAUGUCCACUGGUGUAAAAGAUUAAAAUGUGUGUGUAAUUUGGAUGUUAUGAUGCUUCUUUUACAUCAAAUUUAACACUCACAUGUUUCAUAUUUCAGUUCAUAAUUCAUAUUUGUCAUAAUAUGCACAGACUGCAAGCACAAUUUGAUUUACUCCAAAAAAUUGUAUUCAAGUUUUUAAUUCUUUUAAUUUCCUUUCUUGUUCAUGUAAUAACAUUAAAUCCACAUGUACUGAACAUAGUAGAGAUAUACUGUAUUAUAUACAUAGUUAAUAGAGCAGUAUUUAUGAAUAGCUCCUUUUAGACAAUCAGAGGCGACUUUCGAGAAGCACCUGGGGGUUCGAAU